UCUGACUACCAUGACCAUGAGAUGAACCCACCGCAUUACAUGUAAAUCAAAAAAAACUAUUAUCCAAUGGUUAGUUAGAGUCCGUUAGACAGAUCUCAGUCUGAAUGAAAGCACGCGAUGUUUCGACACAUAACUUAUACACCAGUACGCCACUCAACUUCUAGGCGUCGAUCGGACCUACCAACACGUAACAAAUGAUCCAGUCCAGAUGGUCCGGCCUCGUGUUGAUCGGUUGCCCCCGCCUCAAAGUCUGCGCAAUUAAAAGUUUAACUUGUCAAGCCAGCAUUAGCUUCCACCAUCACCUUCCCAAAAGUCCUUUCAUCUUUUCCAGCGUUUUCACCGUCUGAUCUACAUCAAAGCGACGCCACGAUUUAAACUGCUCGACGCUUCUUCCCUGGUUUUUUCAAAACAUGUCCGAACCGACCGCAGCACAGCUCAAAGACGAGGGCAACGAGCUAUUCAAGAAGCAAGAUUAUGUUGGGGCGAUCGUCAAAUAUACCGAGGCCAUCGCUUUGGAUGAUAAGAAUGCAGUUUUGUAUGCAAACCGCGCUGCUUGCAAUCAUGCCCUGAACAGAUAUUUAGACGCCGUGGAUGAUGCGCACAUGGCUACAGAAUUGGAUCCGGGCUAUGCAAAAGGGUGGUCACGGCUGGCAGCAUCUCGAGACGUGAGUCCCUUCAUUCUCCCGAUCAGCCCGAUCUCACCCUGGACGCAUAUACUAGGCGCUUGCGGAUUGGCCAAAAAGCGCCCAUGCUUGGCAGAAGGCCCUAGACGCACUACAAAAACUAAGCUGAGCCCCGCAGAGCGACAACAACAAGACCAAUACACUGCUGGUCUGAGAGCAGUGAAUGCACGUUUGAAUGCGCCACCUAUCGUGCCCCUCUCGGUGAAUGAAAAAGCUGGCAAGUUUCCUUGGCAGGUGGCGACGGACAUGCUUCCUGCGCUCCGGAGAGCGAAAAAUGAAAGGAUAUCUAGCAGUGCUUGGGUCGUCGCACUUGCAUAUGAGGAAUUCAACAACGGAGUAGAAAUGAUGAAGGGAAUGAAAAAAGUUCCUCACCCUUCAACGCCAGAUGGUUUUAUGUAUCACGGAAACCUAGAUGGGUUGGUGAGUUUGAGCAAUGGUUUGAUGCGUGACGAUCGCGUCUUUCAUAUCAAUUGCAAUAACUGGAUCAGCAUGUACAAUGAACAAGUCAUGUUCGAAAUUACGGCUCGUAAGGCCUGGGAUCAUGAAGGACUCGAGACCGUCAAGGAACUGGCGCAGAAACGGUUGAAGGAGAACGGCUGGGAUGAUGUACGCCCCGCAAUGUCUGUGACUGUUCGUGCAUGGAUAAUGAGAGCUGCAUUCGAGGGCGGUUUAAGACAAGAACCUCAAGCUGGUGUUGAGUAUUACAGACGAGCUCUCGACUUGGUCGAAUGGGGAAGAACUAUCUGGAAGGACGUUCCCAAGGCCAGCAGGGGAGCGAUUUUCGAACGCUCGUUCUUGAUAGGUAUCCGCAGCUUGUACCUCAAGAUGCUCAUGAGCGCUUACACCACCGACCCUGGCUUGAACUCCAAGUUUCCCCUUGAACAGCUCAAGGAAGAAGCCGAGGACCUUCUCAAAGAGACCGAAAUAGCUAAACAGAUACGCGAUGGUGAACCAGUUGACCCAGGCUUUAUAUCGUCAUUUCUCGUCUACCCUGAAGGACUUGGUCAUGCGUUUGUCCUCUUUCCUCCUCACAUUUGCGGUCCUCUGUUUAUUAACACCUUGCUUUGCAGGAUUCUCGGAUUUUAUCACGUGCAAUCAGCUCGGUACUCCAGUAAUCCUGUGGAAAGAAUGUACAGCUUUGUGAGUGGGGCAGGGGAGUACACGACUGCGUCCGGCAAAUACCCCGAGGAUGACGAGUUACGUGCAUGGUACCUUAAUUGCACCUUAGAUUGCCUGCGAAAUGCCGGUAUGCCUGUCAACAACUUCCUCAUGGUUGCUUUCGCUUUACGGGAGACCGUACCCAAGAUGAAGAAGAUAUGGGCAAUCUCUGAACUGGCCCUAGGUGGCAUAGACCAGAAAAUACAAGCCAAUCUGGACAAGGCUGAUGAACUUACGAAGCGUGUCGCUGACAAGACGUUGGCACUGGAAGACCCUGUGCCUUUGUGA